AUGCCUCUCAUCAUCAUCACGGGCCUCCCGACGUCCGGCAAGACGACGCGCGCGAAGCAGCUGCGCGACUACCUCUCGGAGCGCAUUCGAGAGACGACGACAACAUCCACCCCUACGCCCUCGACCGGCGCCAGCCCCGCCGGUCCGGCCCCCGCCCUCGCCCCCGAGAAGGACGAGAAAUCUAGCGCGCCCAAGUACCGCCUACACCUAAUCUCAGACCAGACGCUGUCGAUUCCGCGGACCGCGUACGACCUGUCGGCGGCGCCGGGGGCGCACACGCGGUCGGCAAACGCAGACGAGAAGGAUGCGCGCGCGAGCGUCUACGGCGCGGUGAAGCGCGUGCUGAGCGACCGCGACAUAGUCGUGCUCGACGGCCUCAACUACAUCAAGGGCUGGCGGUACCAGCUCUUCUGCGAGGCGAAGGCCGCGCGCACGCCGAGCUGCGUGUUGCAGGUCGGCUGCGAGCGCGAGCGCGCGCGCCGCGUCAACGAGGAGAGGCUGGCGCGCAGGCGCCGGCGGCGCGAGGGCGGCGCAGCGGCUGGGGAAGGGGGAGGGGGAGGGGGAGGGGGGGUAAGGCAGGACGGGGAGGAAGAUGGACAAGAUAGUAGGGUGGAGGAGGCGGAGGAGGGCGCAUACGAGCCCGACAACUGGGAGAACCUCGUGUUCCGGUACGAGGAGCCGAACGCGAUGACGCGGUGGGACAGCCCGCUGUUCACGCUGAUAUGGGACGACGACGAGGCGCAGACGAGGCAGGUCUUCGACAGCAUCUGGGACGCGGUCGCGGGCGCGGCCCGGAAGCCGGUGAAGCCGAACCAGGCGACGGUGCAGCGGAGCCGGGACGCCGGCGGGGACUACCUGUACGUGCUCGACCGCGAAACGCAAGACGUGGUCAAGCGGAUCCUAGAUCAACAGGGCAACGACGGCGGCGACGAGGUCAAUAUCCCCAGGGGUGAGGCUAACGACGGUGAGGGAGAGCAACUGGUCGUGGAGCUACCAGCCGGCAGGAAGGUCGGGCUGCCUCAACUGCAGCGUCUACGGAGGGCGUACAUGGGGCUGAAUAGGGGCGGUAUCGGCCUCGAAGGGGUGGGCAACAUGGGCCCUGGGAGGAUACGAGAGAGCUUUGUAGAUUACCUCAACGAUGCCUUAAGAAGGAUCGCCGACGAGAAUCUGACUCGCCCUUCUCUACGGUUUUAA